UCUCUUAUCUUUAAAGCAUGAAUGUAAGGAGUUGGUAAAUACAUAAUAAUGCGAUGAAAAUAAAAUACCAUUAAUGCUAUUCAGAAAAUCUGGUGAAUUACCAAUUUUCUCACGAUAAUAAUAUGAUUAAAAUAUACAAUUCUGACAAUCUCUGCUUAUUUUUUUUAAACAUAUUACACCAUACGAUCUAAAUGUGCGUCUAAUGUGUAAGUAUAUAUAAGCACAUUGUUUUUGUAAUCAGCUGACACCAGUGCGAUGUCUGUAAGAAUAAGUUUUGCGCGUCAAGAUACUAAUAUCAUAUUAAAAAUAUAUGAUUUAAUGUUUUAACAUUAAUAUAAAUACACGUAUAGACUUGUUAAGUUGUAAUAAUGGGUGUUUAUGGUCUUUGGCGUUUACUUGAUGCAACAGGAAAACAAGUACCCCUGGAAACAUUAGAAGGAAAGAUCUUAGCUAUUGAUAUAUCAAUCUGGAUACAUCAAGUGCUACAAGGGUAUCAGGACCGCUUUGGUAAUCCUAAACCUAAUGCUCAUCUUAUUGGCUUAUUUCAUAGAAUAUGCAAACUAUUGUAUUAUAAAAUUAAACCAGUUUUCGUUUUUGAUGGAGGUGUGCCAAUGCUUAAGAAGAACACAAUUGCUUUGCGCAGGAAACAGAAAUCUAUGGCCAAGAAUAAAGCCCAACAGAUGAGGACAGAAUUAAUAAAUAAUUUGAUAAAGCACUCUACAAUAAAGGCAGUUCUUAAUACAGAGAAACAAGUUACUACGAAUGGCUCUUCUGAAGUAGUUAUAAAUUUGCAAAAUAAGCAAACUGUGAAUGAUAUGUACAAAUUGCCAAAUAUGCCAAGCACUAGUAAAGCAGAAUCAAGUCAUAGUGAUGAUUGUAAUUCUGAUUCAUCUGAUGAACCAAGUCCAAAAAAGCAAACAAAAUGGAGUGGCAAUAUUCAUAGCGUAGAUGUAACUAGCGCCGAAUUUAAAACUUUACCAGCUGAUGUGCGUUAUGAAAUUCUAACAGAUCUCAAAGAAACAAGAAAACAAAGUUCAUGGGGCCGUUUGCAUGAAAUGCCUGAAGAAUCAAAUGAAUUUUCUGGUUUCCAAAUGAAACGUUUAUUAAAACGUCGAUUAGUACAACAAAGUUUAGAAUCUGCAGAGAAAGAAAUGGGUGGAAAAACGCUUACGUUGGACGAGCUAGAUAAAUUAUUAAAAGAACAAGGAAUACCGACGAACGUUCAAAAUUAUACUUAUCGUAUCGCUGCGGACAAUACAACUAGAUUAAUAUAUAUUAGUGAUAAAAAUGCGUAUCUAAAAGACAACGAUGAUGUUAAUUCAGAUAGCGAGAGCAUACAGCACGAAAAUAGAAUGGAUGAAGCCACUGCUGGACCCAGUAAAGAUACAAAAAUCUGUGAUGAUAUAAAUGAAUAUGAACUUGAUGAUGAUUGUGACAGUGACACUGAUAUAACAGAUAUGAAUAAUUUUAAAUUUAGGUGGGAAACAGAUAGCGAUAUAGAAUCGGAAGUAGAAUCCAAUGAGUCGCGAGUAUUACCAAAAGAAUAUUUCAAACAAAACAUUACGAAUCCUGCAUUAACGUAUAUGUUAGAAUAUAGUGGAUUAACGGAAAAACAGAUCCUUACCCUUCUUGAGCAAAAUAACAGAGAAACUUACAGAGAUGUCGAAAAUAUGUCAAGAAUAUCACAACAAAUCGAUUCAUUUAAAACAAUACAGCCUUGUGAAAGUAAAAAUAAUUCAUUAAAUACGAAGCAUUCUUCAAUAUCUGAGGACGGCAAAGAAGAUACGAAACAUAAUUACACAAAUACUAUAAAAUCAAUCGAUGUAUCGAAGCCGGAAUUAGCUGAAUCAAAUACUGAGACAAACAUUAAUAUCUCUCCUACUAGAAUGGCAAACAUUUCAGAUAAAGCGCAAGUUGAAUCAGAAAAUGUAGUAACAGUUAAUUCAAUAGACUCAAUGUCAGACUCGGACGAUUUCAUAGAAAUAGAAGAUAUACCGAUACCAGAUAUAGGUACUACUACUAAUAAAUAUAUUCCACAAGAUAUCCAAAUAACAUUUAGAUCUGAUGAAAAAGUAGUGGAUGAUAUGUUUGCCGACGUAUUUGAAACACACAAUAGCGAGAUCAAUACAGAUAUACAUCCUACACAAUCGGCGGAAAUAUUUCAUUAUGAUCAAGAAAUAUCAAGAAACGAACGCACUCUCAAAGAAACAGUAGAUUCAAAAAAAGAUCAAAUUAAAGAUAAACAACUGCUUAAUUUGAAAGAAAUUGAUAAUCUUAAUGCGCAGACCACUAUCGAUAUCGACCCGAAUACUUUAAACACAAAUGUACCAUUAGAAGAAAAUCAAAUGAAAGGUAGCAUCGAAAAUUUAACCAAUUCUAUAAAGGAUAAUGUAGAAGCUGCAAAUAUCAAAGACAAUACAAAUGUUAACAUGCUGACUGACUAUACAAAAAGAAUAAGCCCUAUACCUAUGAACGAAGAGGAAUUGUUAUCGUUACAAACACAAUUAGAGGACAAACAAACAGAACUAAUGGCAAAUAUUGGUAAAUUAGAAAGACAAGGUAUCGAUAUUUCUGACCAAAUACAAAUCGAAGCACAGGAACUAUUACGAUUAUUCGGAAUACCAUAUAUUAUAGCACCUAUGGAAGCAGAGGCGCAAUGCGCAUACUUGGAACAAAUUCAUCUCAUCGAUGGUACGAUUACAGAUGAUUCAGAUAUUUGGUUAUUUGGUGGACAAUGCGUCUACAAAAAUUUUUUUGAUAAUAAUAAAAAGGUUCUUGAAUUUCGAUCCUGUGAUAUACAACACUAUUUCAGUAAGCCUAUUGUACUUUCAAUACAAAAAGAAACGCAUCCGUGUACAAAUUAUAAAAUAUUUAUCUCCUUCUUAGAAUUAACGCGAAACGAAAUGAUACGGCUUGCUCUCUUGGUUGGUAGCGAUUAUACAACAGGUUUAACUGGUAUUGGACCUGUUACUGCGUUAGAAAUAUUAGCAGCAUUCCCUUCAGAAGGCGACGAUUUAUUGCAAGGUUUAAUAAACUUUUCUUCUUGGAUCGAAAAUGGUAAAACCGCUGGUCCUGGAAAAGCGAAUUUGCGAACCAAAUUACAGAAUUUACAAAUUCAAAAAGGUUUCCCGAGUCAAGCUGUUGUACAAGCGUAUCUUUCGCCUAAAGUGGAUGAAUCAAAAGAGACUUUCACGUGGGGUAAACCUAAUAUUAUACUUCUAGCCGAUUACGUAAAACAAAAAUUUGGUUGGGAUAAAAAUAAGUAUGAUAAAAUUAUCGAACCGGUAUUGAAGAGAUUGCAAGAAAAACAAAGUCAACAGAAAAUAAAUGCGUAUUUUAAAUUACAAACUAUUCCGAAAUCAAUUGAAAUGAAUUUAAGUAAACGAGUUCAGAAGGCAGUGCAAAAAUUAAGCAAUGAAAAUAAGGAAGAUUCCAUAAGUGUAGAAAGCACGCAACAAUCAAUAAAGAAAAAGAGAUCUUUGGUUGAAAAUCGAAAAAAAAGAGAAGAGUUGAAAAAUGAACGAGCUUUGGUUGAUAAUACUAAACCUAAAGUUUUUACCGUUUCUGCUUGUAACGAGAAAAAUGUUGAUGAAUACAUACCACAAAGAGAAAGUGAUAAAGCAAAUGCCUUAAAAAAAAAAUUACACGCGAUCGAAGUAAUUCGAAAGUCGAAACAAGGAUUAUACAAGACGAAAAAGAUAAGACGUUGUGUAAGAAAAGUAAAGGAAAAAGCUGAACUCUCAGAAAGUGAUAGUGGUAGUUCGUAGUAUUAUUUAAUAUAAAUUAAUGUAACUAAUGUAAAUUAAUGAACGAUACAUGUACAUUUUUUAAAAUAAAUUAUUAUUUUAUACG